UGCCGAAGCUGGGAAGAGCGCGGGGACUGCAGAUACGGCAACAAGUGUCAAUUUGCUCACGGUCCCCAUGAGUUGAGACCAAUUGAACGACACGCAAAGGUCACCUCUGUGCCUGAUCAAGCUUUCGUUCUGAUCUUUCUCAGCACGUGUCCGUACGCCAAGCGAUGCUGCUUCAUUCAU